UUUAUUUCCACAGAGCGUCACGUGAAGCCGCUUAAUGUGACACCGACUUACUGUAAGACCAGGACCCUGCAGUGCACCGUUUGUGAUAAGUACAAAAAGACUCUGGUGCAGAGCAACAAACUAACCAACGAAGAUCUUCAUUUGAAGGCUGUGACACUGAGUGCAGAAACCAUUCAAUACAAAGUGCGAUUCAGUAUGUCAACGUACGUAUCGAGUGCCCCACAAAAUAACGGCCAGCCUGUGUGCCUGGGAAUUUCCAACAGCAACCUCUACAUUGCUUGUACCCAGUCUGGUGGUUCUUCCCCCGUCCUGCUCUUGAAGGAGGUCAGUGGCCCUCUGAACACCAUUAAAGCCGGUGAUCCGAACGGGUAUGACAGCCUCCUAUUCUUCAAGAAAGAGACCGGCACGGCUUACAACACUUUUGAAUCUGUUAAAUAUCCUGGAUGGUUUAUUACCACAGCUUUUGAUGACUGGAAGAGGGUGGAAAUGUACCAGGUGCCAACUGACCGAACCGCAAACUUCACACUUGAGGAUCAACAAGUAAUCCUGAGUUAAGAAGCAGAUUUGAUCCAUAAACACAUUUCCAGAGAGUAUGUACCAUGUACAGUUUAUAAUCUGGAUUUAUUCAAACAUGUUCACAAACCUGUAUGAGUUUAUCUGUCUGUGUUUUGUUUUUUUUCUCGAUUAUAUGUGUACGGUUUGUGUUGGGAACGGUAAAUUCAUGUUGAAUUCAUUAAGUAUGAACAUUUGCCUAUGUGCUUAAUUUAAUUUUUUAUUACAUUUAAUAUUUAUUUUAAAUAAUUUUUAAAUCAAACUUGU